AUGAAACCUCCCACUGCCCUGGCUUUCCUUUGCCUCCUGGUGCCCCUGGCCGGCGGGAACCUGGUCCAGUUUGGAGUGAUGAUUGAGAGAAUGACCGGAAAGCCCGCACUGCAGUACAAUGACUAUGGCUGUUACUGUGGCGUCGGGGGCUCCAACUGGCCGGUGGACCAGACGGAUUGGUGUUGUCACGCCCAUGACUGCUGCUAUGGCCGCCUGGAGAAGCUGGGCUGUGACCCCAAGCUGGAAAAGUACCUCUUCUCUAUUACCCGGGACAACAUCUUCUGUGCUGGUAGAACGACUUGCCAGCGGCAGACCUGUGAGUGUGACAAGAGAGCCGCUCUCUGCUUUCGCCACAACCUGGGCACUUACAACCGCAAGUAUGCCCACUACCCCAACAAGCUGUGCACCGGGCCCACCCCGCCCUGCUGAGGCCCUGCUCGGCUCUAUAGCCACCUCAGGCUGCUGCAGUCCCAGGCCUGGAGAAGCUCAGAACCCAGAUUCCUCUCCUGCAAACUCAUCCUGCCCCUCAGAGAUCAUGGG